UCAGAAUUUUAUCCGAACAUCUAUCAUAAUUAAACUUUCCGAAGAAACAAAACCAGAAUUUUAAACAAACAAAGAACAGAAAUUUAAAUAGACAAAACCAGAAUUUAAUUAAAACACAAUCAGAAUUUUAAACAAACAUCACAAUUAAUUAAACAAACAUCCUUUUUGAUUCAGAAAAAUGUCAGAAAAACAACAACAAUCUAAUAGUACUAAAAACAUUUCCAACCUAUCGCGUCGUCGUAAAUCCCCACAAAUACAAUCAUCAGCAUCUUCAUCACAAAUUGAACAACAACAAUCUACGCCUAGUCCACCAUUAAAUGAACAAUCUCCACAAUUAUUAAUUGGAAACAACAAUAAUAAUGCUGACCAACAACAGAGAUCUCAACUUCACCUUUCCGGAAUGCGAACAGCCUCCUCUUUAGCAGAGUGGCAGCUACAGGCAGUUCUUUACCGUGCCCGACUUACUCAGUAUUUUGAUGUGUUUAUUUCACAAGGUGGUGAUGAUAUUGACCAAAUAAUGCAAUGUGACGAGACUGAAUUUCUCGAGAUUAUGUCUUUGGUUGGAAUGGCUUCCAAGCCUCUCCAUGUUCGCCGCCUACAGAGGACUUUAAGCGAAUUUUCUGUUAAUCGAGCACAAUUUUUGAUUACUACUGUUCCCUUUAUUGGUCUUCCCCCAAUAGAUUUCCCUAGUACUUCUUCAUCCACAGAUAAUUUAACGGCAGCUUUACAAUUUUUAGUUCCUGGCUAUCUCCCUUCUACUGGCCAACUUGAUUUAGCGGCAACACUAACUCAACAACAACUUAACAACCAACAAACUCCUUUUAUUGACCCAGACUUUCUUUUUCCGUUAAAUCCAACCCCUCCACUAAGUUGUCCGGUAACUACAAGUUUUCAGCAAAAUAGUGGUAAGAAUUAUUGGUGGAGGUCAAAAUCAGAAUUUAAAUAA